AUUGGCAAAGGAUAGAACUUUUUCCUUUGAUUUAAAUAUGAAUAGUAGAUGAUUUAUGCAUUUAUAUGAGUCUUGAAAAUGCCAGCAGUGCAACACAGAUAAAAGUUAACAAUAAACUACUCAUUGUUUUAUUACACAAAAGGGCAAUGUACUGCAUGUAAUUGUCAUUCCUUCCCCAGACGCACACGUAUAACACACUUUAACCACUACAGAUAGUCUGAGUUUACCUAUGUGGUGUGAUAAUUAUCUAAUCGGAAGACCAUACGUUCUCCAAUGUGUUGACUGGGUCUUUUCAUUAGAGAUCUUCUCAAUGGAGUCCUGAGAAUCAUCUGUCUGGAGUCCCGAAUCUCCUGACCUACUUUUACUCCUAUUGUAAACGAACAGAAAAAAGCAGAAAGUAAAGAAGGCUGAAAUAAUGGAUCGUCUGCUGAGGAGAUGCCGAAUCAAGAGCAGCUUGGCCAGAGAAUGUCUGGCUGAAUUUUUCGGAGUCUAUGUUUUGAUACUUUUUGGGUGUGGCUCAGUUGCCCAGGUGACGACCUCUCAAAACACUAAGGGCGAUUACCUGUCAAUCAACCUUGGAUUUGCAUUGGGCACCACAUUUGGAAUCUAUAUUGCAAAGGGGGUAUCAGGAGCUCACCUGAAUCCUGCUGUUUCUCUCAGCCUGUGUGUCCUGGGCAGGUUUUCCUGGACUCGUCUUCCUUUCUAUGUGUGCUCGCAGCUAUUAGGUGCAUUUCUGGCUGCAGCAACUGUUGCUCUUCAGUACUAUGAUGCCAUAAUGGAUUACACUGGAGGGCAUCUGACAGUUAGUGGUGCCACUGCCACAGCUGGCAUCUUCUCAACUUACCCAGCAGACUACUUGAGUCUAUGGGGGGGAGUGGUAGACCAGAUAAUUGGCACAGCCGCUCUGCUAGCAUGUGUUCUUGCAUUGGGAGACCCUCAUAACACACCAGCACCUCCUGGUCUGGAGCCUGUCCUGGUAGGAGCAGUUGUCCUGGUGAUCGGCAUUUCGAUGGGAUCUAACAGCGGAUAUGCCAUCAACCCGGCACGAGACUUCGGACCAAGACUCUUCUCUUACAUUGCAGGCUGGGGAGACGAGGUGUUCAGGGCUGGACAUGGAUGGUGGUGGGUACCACUGAUUGUAACGUGUGUAGGUGCUCUUCUGGGUUCGUUACUGUAUGAGCUGCUGAUCGGAGUACAUCAUCCAGACUCAAAGCCAAUGGAUCCUGAAGGCCCGACAGCUAUGGUCCAGAAAACUGUGGAGUUAGAGGGUGUGUAUCAAGAAAUGGGCAAGGACAGGAUCUUUUCCAUAACCUCAGCAGACUUAAGCUAAAGUGAAAAUAAUCUGUCAAACACAUGAUGGAAUCUGAAUUGUUAUUAUUUAUAUAUUAAAUAUAUUUAAUUCUUUAACUUCUUUUGAAGCACAAUUGUUAUCACAAUAAUGUCUGGAAAAGUUUUAUGAACCACAUGACCUUAUUGGGGUCUUCUACAUCAUGUCUUGUAAUUUAGGAUUUUUUUGUAGGUUUAUAAUCAAAUAUAUCAACAAUGACUUUGUAAGGCUCACUGAUGUCUAAAAACUUUACUAUUUAAGACAAUGUAGCACAAUAUCUAUACAAUAUCUACUGUUGAAUUGUGGUGCAGCAGAGUACUUUAUCUUUUGUUUUGUUUACUCCAAUGAAGCAGUAAAACUUUACAAUAAUAUUUUGUUUUAUUUAGGUUAAGAUUAAUCAUUUUAACAAUUAACUAACAUUAAUGCACUGUGAACUAACAUAUAAAUACUGGGAAUCAUAUAUUCUUGGAAAUAUAUUUCUCAAUGCACAAUGAGACCUUACAAUAAAGUUCUAUCUAUACAUUUUCUACCUAAAAAAUGUAUGCACA